UUUGGACGCGUUACAAGUGUUGCGGAAUAUAUUCAGGCAGUAUUCUGCAUAGAAUUCCCAUCCCCACGCAUAUAUAUAGAGCAUACGAGUAUAUCGAGUACGAUGGAAGUGCGCGUUAGUGUGGGCGAUAAAUUCAGAUUGGCCGCAAAAGCUCUCGGUCAUAAGGUGACGCAGUACCGACUGAGCACGGGACGAACGAAGGUGCUGGAGACGAAAUGCGGCAAGGUGAAAGGCAUGGAACGCAAGACCUUCUAUGAUGGCGAGUCGUAUUAUUCCUUUGAGGGCAUCCCCUAUGCUAAGCCCCCCAUUGGAGAACUCCGCUUUCGCGCCCCGCAACCUGCGGAACCUUGGCAAGGAGUUAAGGAUUGCACCCACACCCGAUCACAACCGCUGCAAAGGAAUGCGAUCUUGAAUACGGUGGAAGGAUCCGAGGAUUGUUUGUACAUCAACGUGUAUGCCAAGCAGCUGGAGUCACCGCAACCGUUGCCCGUGAUGGUCUGGAUCUUUGGUGGUGGCUUUCAGAUAGGUGGCGCUACUAGAGACAUCUAUGGGCCGGACUAUUUCAUGAAACACAAUGUGCUGCUGGUGACAUUCAACUAUCGCUUGGGUGCUUUGGGUUUUCUGAGCCUCAGAGAUCCUGAGCUACAGGUGCCCGGAAAUGCUGGACUUAAGGAUCAAGUGCUGGCGCUGCGUUGGGUUCGCGAUCACAUUGCCAGCUUCAAUGGAGAUGUAAAUAACAUAACGCUGAUGGGCGAAAGUGCUGGUGCUGCCUCGGCAAACAUUCUUAUGCAUACUGAGCAGACACGUGGACUCUUCCAUCGCGCCAUUGUGCAGUCUGGAUCUGCGUUGUGUGAAUGGGCCACACAGCCCAAUCGCAAUGCUCCCCAAAGGCUUGCCAAGCGCCUGGGGUACAAAAACUCCGAAAAGGAUAAUGAUGCGGACCUGUUGCAGUUCCUCAGGACAGCGUCAGGUCAUCAGUUGGCCCAGCAUUGCAAUGAAAUUGUCUCCCAGGAGGAACAUCGCAACUACGAGAUCAUUGCCUUUGGUCCCGUUGUGGAACCUUAUGUCGCUGAAGAUUGUGUGGUGCCGCGUCCACAGUUGGAGCUACUGGCCAGCGCCUGGGGCAAUGAGUUGCCCCUGAUCAUUGGCGGCACCUCAUUCGAGGGACUCUUCAGCUAUCAGUCGACGCUGCAGGACAAGGAGUAUAUGUUGAGUGCCUUUGAACCACUUUUGCCACAACCUGUGCGGGACACCAUCGAUGCCAAGGAGAUGGAGGAGCAACUGGAGCGCUUGAAGUUGGCCUACUUCGAGGAUGUCAAACGUGACAGAAUGGAGCUCUUUGAGUGCUUGCGUGUACUGAGUGUCAAGAACUUUUGGCAUGGCAUUCAUCGUACUCUGCUUGCCCGAGCCGCCUACGCGCCAUCCACGCCCACCUAUCUGUACCGCUUCGACAUGGAUUCGCAGCACUUCAAUCACUAUCGUAUGCUGAAGUGCGGUCGCCAAGUGCGUGGGGUUUGUCAUGCCGAUGAUUUGUCGUAUAUGUUUUACAUGCUGCUCUCCAGCAAACUGGACAAAUCCACGCCAGAGUAUCAAACCAUUGAACGAUUGAUUGGCAUGUGGACUGCAUUUGCAACGAAUGGGAAUCCCAAUUGCCAGCACACCGAGUCAGCGCAGUGGGAACCAUUGCGUCCAGGGGGAUCCGAAUUGUGCCUUAACAUCUCUGAGCAGCUGGAGUUCAAGCUGCUGCCCGAGAGUAAAGAGUUCGUGGUGUGGGACAGUUUUUAUACCAGAGAGAGUCUCUAUUAAGUUUACAAUAUCAAUCAUUAAAGUCCUCUUUAGACGAACAUUUUUCAAGUGACAGUUUUGCCAUUCACAAACUAUUUAAUCCAUACAUUUAUUAAGUGAAUCUUUUGCCAUUCACAAAGUAUUUAAACCAUACAUUUUUGUUCUCUCAGAAUCUGGUCACACUGCCCAAACGCAAAAAGCCAAGCAACAGAUUGUGUGCUAUUUCCAUACGUCAUCUUCACCUUGUCACAGUCACUCAAGAAUGUUGUGAGUUAACACACCAAAGUGACACUUUAAAAGUUUGCGUCUGAAGAAGACUUCAUCUAUGAAUCAUCGAUAAAUCGAAUAGUUCAUCUGCAGAACUUUGUUCCGAUAAAUGGUUUCCUUUCUCAGCUCGCUUUAAGUGUGUAACAUUUAACAUUGUACUGUAUUCUCUACAACAUUUAACAUUUAAUAUAUAACAUAUAUAAAUAAAAUAUAUUUUGGUAUAACUUUCACUGCCAACAACUGAAAAUUGUUGUCGCUGCUUGUUAUAGAAAUACAAUCGAAAUGCUAAAGUGAUGUUA